AUGGGCAACCACAGAGACCCCAUCAAAGUGAAAAGGAGCAGCGGUGGAGGGGUCUCCAACAGGACUAAACUCACCAAGGAGCAACGAGCAGCGCACAUACUCCUAAAGGAAGGAAUAAACUACAUCGAAAAUGAAAACAUAGGAACUAUAAAAAGUGAUGAGUACGUGAGGAGGCUCCUUUUUGACCAGUCGAAUGAAGAUGCGUGGGGGGACGACGACGAAAGGCACCUCAAAGUGGUGCGAGUCCACCGGAGUGGUAAUGAAAGAGAGAGCUGCCAGACAAAUGGAGAGUCCCCCUGGUGCGGGGGUGCACUCUCCAACGAGGGGGAUGGCAACAGAACGAAGGGGUGUAGUACCCCCCCUCAUAAACAGAACAGUUGCAAUGAAGAAGUGGGAAAAACGAAUGGCAUUGUAACCUCUCCACUUCUAAGAACCCACGAAGGAGUAAUUUCUAAGCGAGGACUCAUCGGCAAGCGAACAAUAGGUAAGAUGAAGAGGGGGAAGAAGAAAACGCCUUGUGGUUCCCAUCGUGGGGGGAAGCUUCCACUGAAGGUGCAGAAAAGGGGGAUAUCUCAGAUGAAUCCCGAAGGGGGGGAGUCCCCCCAGCAGAGUAGAAAAGUGGAGGACUCCCAACGGUGUAGGCGAAGAACCCAUUUUUCUCCCUUCCAAAAGGAGACCAUAGCUACCCAUAAAAAAGAACCCCUCCCCUUUGGAGAACUGAACAACCAAUUUGUAAACAUCCACUUCAACCGGUUCAGAUCGAUCUGUGUGGAGGGCGAAGAUUUGAGUAGCCCCAUCGGAGUAGACAGCCUCCUUGGUGCCAACACAAGAAAGUCAUUCUCCUGUGCUCAUAACGUUUCGACGCCCUUUUACGGGCCCAGUUGUCUCUCGUGCGUUGAAAUGGACCGGCAGAGAAACUUUGGGGAGGAUGCAGUGGGGCAACGCUGCGGCAGCGAAGGGGGGGAAAGCUCACUGGGGGAAGGGCAAAGGGGUGGAUUCCCAUCGAGGGGGCAUAAAAUGGAGGACUUCCCCAGUAAAGAAAACGGAAGGAAGAAAUCUUUGCGGGAUUCACACCGAGGAGCCCACCACCCUGGCAGAACUCACCCCCCAAAGGACGGAAUGUGCCACAGCGUAAACGCGCUCCUCUGCAGGUCCCGGAAUAAAGACCUGUUCAACGAGCGCAACAACGAAAUAAUGGUGAACGAGAGGGGGGGAGGCCAACAACGAGGAGGGAGCACAUCAAGUAGAGGAGGCGUCGCGAGGGGGGGGCCCAACAUGGACGUCUCCUUCGCCAGCGACUUGCGGGGCGUCCAAAUUGCCCUCCCCGACGUGAAGUCGCGCGCUUUCCAGGCGGGCACGGUGCUGAGCCAGGGGAACUCCGGGGGGAAGCAGCAGGUGGAGCAGAAAACGAUGCAUCCGCAGCAACCGCAGCAACCGCCGCAACCGCCGCAACCGCCGCAACCGCAAUUCGCGAAACGGGAGAGACCCCCCCCCGACGCGGACAAGGCGAAGGCCCAGCUGAACGAACUGGCCAACGCGGAAAAGCGCAGAGAAAUGGAAAACGCCUACGUGAAGUACAUCUACAAGCGAGACGAAUCGGAGGAGGCCCCCGCGGAGAAGAGAGACAGAUUCGUCACCUUCGGAGGGGGGGAAAACGAUUCGGUGAACAUGGGAGAGGUGCCAGACAGAAGGAAAAGCACACAAAGGAGGUACAAAGACCAACUGAGCAGUGUAAUAAAUCUACGAUACUCACACGCCGAUAGGACUGUCCACGGAUUUGGAGAGACAUUAAAAUUUAUGAAGUAUAGGGAGCUGCUGAGGAAGUACAUGGGGACCUUCUAUAACUACAGCUCCGUCAAGUGCGCCACAUACAUCAUCCUCUACGCCCUAAUUGUAAAAAUAAUAACUCAAGUGUCCAAAAAUUUGACCGCACCAUCUAGUGGUGGUCUCCCUACUGAGAAAUCAAAUGAUGUUAACAUCAUAUGGUAUAGCGAUUCUAAUUUGUUUCUAAACGUUCAUGACGUUGAUGGGAUCAUUCAGUCCGUCUGCUAUGCGUCUCUCCUGGUGUGUAUCUUCCUCCUCCUAAAAUUGGGGAUGCCAUCGAACUACUUGCUGGCGGGGAGACUGACCAUUUUAUUUUUGUUCUUUUUCUUUGCCCAAAUCCCCAUUAUGAUUUACGCCAAUUUUAUGGCCCUGAAAAAGGAGGAAGGAAUUGCCAAGUCUCAAGCGAAGGCCUUCGAUAAGAGGGACUACUUCAAUUUGCACAUGCAGAGGGUUUACGACGUGUUUUACGUUGACACGCUGAACUUACUCGUUUACACAAUUCUGAUGAGCCUCGUUUCGAUCUACGCCACUUACCAUAAAUUGAUUUAUCCCCACCUUUUGAAAUUCUACCUAGACAGUUUUUUCCUCUGCUCCUACACCAUCGUCAAGAAGGAAGUCAUUCAGUUUCGGGUGCCCAACAACGUCGACGCGUAUUACCUGAAUCAGGUGAACAGCUACUUGUUUAACUCUCUUUAUAAGAAACAGGGGGACCUCUCUCAGGAUGACUUGGAGAGCAACACGCGCAGCGCCAUUGGCUACAACGUGGUCAUCAAGAAGGAGCGCUGCUCCCUCUUCGCGCGCCUGUUCAGGAGGAACGCGCCCGACCAAGGGGGGCACGCCAAGGGGAUUGCUGCACGAAGUGGAAGAAGUGGAAGAAGUGCUCGAAGUGUGCCAAGCGCUCGAAGUGGAAUAAAUGUGCCAAGCGCUCGAAGUGGGAGGAGCACACGCGCGCAGAGCAACCCGAACGUCCACAUCAUCUUCUACAUCGGGGAGCUGGACGACCAGGGCAGGCCGCACGGGUUCGGCUACUGGCGGGGGAUCAACUUGGAGGGCGAGGUGCUCAUCGGCUACUGGUUCCACGGCAUCCCCGUGGGCCCCUUCAAGUGCCGGGACUUCAAGACGGGCUCGGGCUUCAUGUGCAUAAAGAUCGGCUACGGCCGCACCAGCUGCGAGCCGAAGGACUUGGACAUAGGUAAGGGGGGGUUAGCGGUGGGCCGAAUGGGAGAUGAGGAGAUUAGACGACGCGAUGAGGAGAGACAACAAAUCGGGUCGCCUGCGCGCAUUCACCCGCCGCUUUACGCCGCUUCUUACCGCUCCCCACCAACUGCAGGCCUGGCCGACACCGAGUGCUGCGUGAGCGGAGCCUUCUACAGGACCUUCCCCCGGGUGGUGUUCUAUAACCUGAAUUUAACAACCCCCAACCGAAGAAGCAAAAAAAAUGACCAAGGGAGGCACGGCAUAAUGGAAAAGAGGGAGUGCUGCGAGUACCUGCACAUCAGCAGAGCCAGCAACGACAUCCUGCGAGUUGACUACGCGAAGCUUCUGCAAGACAGCGAGGAUGAUCGGGCGGGGGAGGCCGACCCCGUCAGGCCAGAUGAAGAGAACAAAAUUGACGACCGUAGUGAGAUCGAGGGGAGCGACUCUGAGAGACUCAGGGGGGGCCGCAUAAUGGGGGGAGGAGUAGGAAGGAGAGGAAUGCGAGGAAUGAGAGGAAGAAAAGGAAGAAGUGAAAGAAGCGAAGUGCGCGAAAAACGCGAAGUACGCGAAGGAGGCGAAAGAAGACUUAGCAGUGCCCCCGGCAAGGAGCACCAUCGAAGGAGACCCAGCAACAGGCCCACCAUGACGUACGAUGAGGUCCCCCCCUCCAUCGUCAACGACGAAUCUUUCCUAAAAGGGGAGCUACUUAACUAUGAUGACAUUUGCAACCUCAGUUACGACCUUAAUGAGCUAACUUUGGAUAGUGAAACGAAUUCCCUGGCGAAUAGGAACGCGGAGACAGGCAAUCCACUGGCGGAGGGGGAGCAGCAGGAAAGGCCGCGGGACCAGUGGACGCGCCACCGAUGA